AUGCCAGAUUCCAACUGCUCUGAAGCCAAUCGAUCGAGCGCGGCCAAUCCCAACGACGAUACUGCCCUUAAAGCGACGACACCCGACAACCAAAUGAGUAUCGGCAUCCACAUAGCAAAGCCCGAACUAAUUAAUGUGGAGUCCGCAGAUGUAAACAGCAAGACCUUUGUUUCCCUAGCAGAAAAACUAUUUGGCGGAACGGCGGCGGUGACGACGGCGGCUACUGCAGCAGCAACUACCAGCGCCACUGAUGCCGCGACUGUUGAUAGGCUCGCUAUGGCAAUGAAAUUGGCCCAGGCGGCACCACCCCAUACCUCCUCCUCCGCCUCCUCUACCACAAUUCCCACCUCCGCGUCAUCUAAACGGCUCCUAGUACCGCCCAAGAUUACGAAUUCCUCCCUGUGUCGAUUGCUGGGCUCACUCACAGGAACUCCAAGCAGUCCCGCCCAACUGAAGUCCAUUCUCGAAGGU